AUGGAGGAUAUCAAGCGUGUAAUCAGUUUUGACAGCGUGGAGGAGUUCUGGGGGCUGUAUAACAACAUAAUACCGCCCUCUCAAUUGCCUCAAAAGGCAAAUUACUACCUCUUCAAGGAGGGGAUUAUCCCUGCUUGGGAGGACGAUGCCAACAAGAACGGUGGGAAGUGGAGCAUCCAGCUUCCCAAGGAGAAGCACCGGAGUGUUGUUGACAGAAUGUGGCUCUACACAAUGUUGGCCGCAAUCGGCGAGACGUUUGAUCCCACUUUGGUCAGGGAGAGCCCCGACAGCCCCGCGCCAGAGUCUCUUAUUACGGGUGUCAUCGUCUCUACACGACCGCAGUUCUAUCGUAUCUCGAUAUGGACGCGGCUCGCACCGUCCUCGCCAGAGGAUCAGCUCAAGACUCGGAUUGAGCAGAUCGGCAAGCACUUCAAAACGUCGGUCCUUGGCUACGCGGACGGUGCCAAGCUUGGUGGUCCUCUCGCGACGGAGGUCGAGUUCUUGUCACACAAGGACUCGGAGAAGAAGGGAAAGAGUGCGAAGAAGCUAAUCGCGUAA